AUGGCCGUUCGGCAGGACGAGUCGCCGCUCAGGAUGAGUGCAAGCGUUGACGGGCCCCACGACCCCAAGAGCUUCCACGGCUAUAGUGGCCCUACACCUCCGUCGCCCUCAAACACCAACAACGCACAACUACAGAAUGGGCGGGUGGAUGCGGAGGUAGGGGUGUUAGCAUCGCAAGCACAGAGAUCAUACUCCCGCUCGCCAGUCCGAAACCAGCUACGGUCAGCCUCGAAUCCGCCGGACGGUGGUAAUCAUAGUGUGAACGGCAUCCGCUCUAAUCCAGUGUUGCUGCCCACCAGACAGUCAGGAUCGGUCAAAGAUAUUGCGCACAAGUUUGAUCGGGGCGCAGCAGGACCGGAUGGUGCGCCCGCUCUGAGGGUGGAGACUACCCAGGAGAGGUAUCGAAGAGCGCAGGCAGCCAAGACCGCUUCCCAAAGGUCACCGGAGAGUGCCAGGCUCGACCUUAGCAUGACCAAGCUGCAGAAAAGGCGACCCGCUCAGGCCAGGUCACCACAGAGAUCACCGCCAACCUCAUUUGAAACCUCGUCAUCAUUCUCCUCCAAUGCGACCGUGACGAGCAGCAGAAGCCAGCCGGUCACCGCGACAAGCCCGAGAGCGUCGCGAUCGCCGGUCAAGCAGGGCCCGUAUCCUAGUGCAAGACCGCUGUUUGGUGAACUUACGGUGGAUGGCUGGCAUGGCAACUUCGACCUUCCCGGCUACGGCCAGGCACAUUUGUCGCAAAGCGCUCAGCGCAGGCAAAGUGAUGGCAGUAUAGCGCUUGGCCACGGUCGCAGCCAGUCACACCAGGAUAUGGGCUGGGCACGCGCUGCAUCACCGGUCAAGCAGUCGCUGAACCAUAAGCGGAGCCGGAGCGAGAUGGAGCCGUCCAUGAAGUCGAUGAAGCCGCAGCCUGCGCCAAGCAUGCCGAAUCUCAACGCUCAGAACGUGCCGUCGCUGUAUCCUACACCGCCAAACUCGGGCAGCCGGAACGUGCUACGGAAGGAAUCGCCUGCUUUUCGCAAUACCGCCCACAGGCGGCAUCCAUCCGAAGAGUCGAGCGGUGCCGCAGGGUCACAGACGAGAGCUAGGUCAAGCGGACCGGAACCAAGGAGACUGUCCAAAUCACCAACACGACCACGGCAAAUACCAAACGGCGGUUCGAAUCAAUCGAACACCACACCUCGAAACCGAUACCAGCCUCCUCCUAUGUCAACGUCCAGCCCGCAUCAAACGCUCUCCGCCAAGAUCUUCGCACCACAACCCAAAGUCUCGCCUCCACUACGUUCGUCGCGGCCGAGACAGCCUGUGAGCGCGGCGACAACAUCCGCGAGCCGCGCACGAGCCGCCGACCGCUUCCAGAAGGACGUACCAAAGGACAUGCGGAGGCCAAGCGAACAGUGGCUUGGUAAGCCGUAUGAUGCGCAGAAGGAGCGAACGAAGCGGAAGAUCCCAGAGCUGGGCAAGGUAGAUUUUGAGGAGAGAAGAGCGCGGAUUCAAAAGGCUAUUUCGCAGAACCUAGAGAGGGAGAAGUCGAGGGAGAGUCUGCGGUCCCAGUCUCGACAGGCUUCGGGCGAGGCUUCUUCGCCCACCUCCACCGGUGCUGAGGGCGGGGCACGGAACGAGGUAGAUGCAACGCAAGCAAAUGUCCUCGAUGAGGAGACGAUGCGGAUGGAGUCUGCAGGCAAGCAGAGCGUGCGUGCGCGUGGCUUGAGCGUUGACACGAAAGGUAGGCCGGAACUGCCGUAUCAGGAUUCGGAGCCGAAGACGACAGAGAGUAUGGCCACGGAGUUCGAGGUCGAUGAGAGUCCCGUGCUUGGCAAAGAAGCUGAACGACAGUUUGCGGAAGAGGAGCAAGCUGAGCCGGAGCCGGCAUAUGAGGAACCAAUCCUACUUUCUGCGGUAGCGUAUCGGCCGCCUCCGGCGAAAGCUAGGACGCCGGAGCCAAUACAGACGCAGAAUGUCGAGUAUGAGAUACCAGAAGUGCAGAGCCCGAGUGUGCUCGAAAGCGCUCAGCGAAUGCGCCAGCUGAGCGAGUCUUCUAUGAGCCACUCCGGCACCGAGUUCGCGGAAGACAGUCCGUCUGGAGAGACGAGUCCGAGUGACAUGGAGGAUCGAUGGGGUCUUGGCCAUCGUACGGCGGGUGAUCAGGGUUCGAUUCGGAUAAUGCUCGACGAAGAUGCCGCGAUUGCGUCCCAGCCAGGUCCAUGGCCGAAGCAUGCAGAGCAGGGCUCUCCGGCCCAGCACAACGAGUUUUCGCAACCCGCUGCGCAGACGCAGCGCUACUCUGAAGAGGCUUACAUUUCGAACGGCUACACGGAGUCACCUGUCGAUGGAGAAGAUGGGUAUCCUGACGACAGCCUCCAGGAGACGCCCCGAAAGCAUCACUCGAGAGACAGCACGCUUACGCCGGGCAAGACUCAACCACUCGUCACCUAUGUGGCGAAUGUUGACCAGACCUCCUCUGACGGCGCACUUGCUCAAGCUAUGGAUCAGUACCAGAAGACGGGGCAGGUUUCGCCGGAGAUUUUGGCGUACAUUCAAGACCGUAGCGUGGAUUUGCAGCGUAUUUCCGCUAACGGAGGCUCCGAUGGUCUUAUGGUGCAAAAUCUGCUGGAUAGCAUUCUCGAUCUCACACCCGCUCGUGAUGUGCCACCAGUAAUGCAGCCGGAGAUACUGCAGCCGACGCAGUAUGAAAUGCCGUUGGUGACGCCCGACACCCCACCGGACGCGGCGAUUGCGACAGGCACUGCAGUGGUGUUCAGGAAUGUCCAUGCGGCGCAGGACGAGGACGAAGACUUCGAAGAGAAGAUCCGUAAAGCGGACGAAGCUUGGGAGAGACAGCAACGCGGUGAAGAUGCUAUGCUUGGCGCGUCGGACGAAGACCGACCUACGCCACCUCCCAAGGACGUAGGCUACACGCCUCGCUCGAGCUCAGUACCGAACAGCGCGACAUUCCCGCCAAACAUGGCAGAAGGUCUGCGCAUCUCGACCGUGGGCGAUCACGCUCAAGACGGGCUGGCGCCAAGCCGUGAGAUACGAGGAGGGACGCCGGUGAAUGAGAGAUUGACUUCGCCUCGCUUCGCUCCUCCGUUACCUUCUCAUGCACCACCUGCGCCGCCUCCGCCACCGCAGACAAAUACAUCUUCACCCCUUGCUACUCGAUUACCAUUUGGCAUGCCUGACGCACAGCAAAUGUCCUCGUCGUACUCUGAGCGUGGAUCAAACGAGCUGUCACCGAGGACGCGUAAGAACCUAUGGGGCCCAUCUGGAUCUUCCCGUCCUUCAAUGGACAGUCAGCGGGGUCUUGGCCCGCCGUCGCUGCCUGGCACGCAGUCCAUGUCUUCCUUUACAGAGUCUAUGCGUCAUAACUCCAUGGACACCGCUGCGGACAGUCAGACGCGGCUGGUGAAGACAGGUUCACCUGGACCGGAACAAAAACGGUUGAUGAAACGACGACACAUCAUUAAGGAGUUGCUGGAUACGGAGAAUACGUACCAUCAGGACCUGAAGAUCAUCGAGGAUAUCUACAGGGCUACGGCUGGCGAUCUUGUUACGGCAGAGGACAAGAAGACGCUAUUCGGUAAUUGUGAUGAUAUCGAGCGCUUCUCGCUGCACUUUUAUGACGAGCUGCGUAAAGCUGUCGCGCCGGUGUAUGUUCCGCCGAAACAGAUGCGUUGGGCCAAUAAGCGAGGCAGCUUUUCGACUACGCAGAGUGACGGAACUGGUCAGACUUCGGUGCAAAGCUCCGACAGUGUGGACGAAGAAAAAGACCGCGCUACGACCAUCGGUCGAUGCUUCCUGGCGAACCUUCAGCGGAUGGAUCACGUUUACGGCGCUUACCUCAAGAAUCACGAUGCCGCAAAUCAGCGGCUUUCGGCCCUUAAGAACACCUCAACAGUCAAAUGCUGGCUGGACGAGUGUCAUAACAACGCCAGCGAUAUUACUUCGGCGUGGGACCUAGACUCUUUACUCGUCAAGCCCACCCAGCGUGUAUCGAAGUAUCCAAUGCUCCUGACACAGCUGCUCGAAACCACACCUUCUGGUCAUCCAGAUUACGAUGCGCUCAAGUCUGCGGCGAAGGACGUGAUCGGCAUGCUAACACGUAUCAACGACGCCAAGAAGCGCGCCGACAUUGUCGACCAGAUCAUUAACCGCAAAGGCAAGGAAACCGAUAUGCGCAGCGGUAUCGCCAAAGCUUUCGGCCGGCGAACGGAGAAGCUCAAGGAGCGCGUCGGCAUUGCUGAAGCGUUCCAGGACGCGGAGUUUGACGAGCUCUCGCACCGGUUUGGCGGCCAUUUUAUCAGGCUGCAAAUCUGCAUGCGCGACGUCCAGGACUACAUGCAUCGCAUUGAUAGGUCGAUGGAGCAGAUCAACAAUCUUGCCGCCGGCCUGGAGAUGUUCACAGACGUGUCGCAGAGCAGCUUGCCCGAAAUCGAAAGUAAGUGGCGCAAAUACUCUCUAGCCAUCCGCGAAAUUACGGCGAUCGCCUUCCCUGAGCACAAGGCCGCAGUCCAUAAGCGCGUGAUCCAACCGAUGGUGACGUGCAUUCGGCUCCAUGACGGCCCACAGAACGCCAUCAACAAGCGCAAGAAGCGGAUAGUGGACUAUGCCAAAUGUAAAUCGAUCGAGAAGCGUGGCGACAAGCCGGACAAGAAGACGCUUGAGGCGUCCGAGAUGUAUGAAGCGCUCAAUGACCAGCUCAAGAUCGAGCUGCCGAAGCUGUACAGUCUUACUGCCAAACUAGUGCAAGGGUGCCUCAACUGCUUUGUGGAUGUACAGCUCCAGUGGCACAACAUGUGGGAGCGGAAACUGCGACCGAUAUUGGAGGCUGCGGAUAUCCCAGAGGCCAUUGGUCAAAUUGAGCCUGCGUUUCGCCCGGACUAUGAGCUGGUAAGGGACAGGUUACUCGAGUUGGCGAUCUGUAACGGCGCUACACUAGCGGAUUCGGCCAAUUUCCUGUCACCAGUUAGUACGUUACGGGGUGAUUCUGCGGAUCAACCGACGCUUUCGAGGCCCCCGACGCUUGACAUCGGCAAGAGGACGCUGUCGGUGGGAAGCGAAGCUUCACCCAUACCACCGGGCAUGAAGCGGUACAGCAGUGGCUAUGGUCUCAGCUCAGACGGUGUGCCGCCAGGUCCAGAAGGACGCAUAAGGUCGAACUCUGCUCUAUCAGCCAGAAACGCGCACGCACAGACACCGGCCUCAAUCACCAAUAGCCGACCAUGGUCAAGCGCGAACACACCAACAUCGUCCUUCUCGGGUAGCAGACCUUCGACCGCAAAUCAACAAGCGCCUUCAUACCAACCCGUAAGACAAAGCGGAGACGACGCACGCAGCCCUCGCCCAGCGUCCGGCCAAACGUACUUCACCGCCCGUCCCGAACCUACUGUUGAUCAGCGCUUCUCCGGCCUCUUCUCUUCCGCGCUACCGCCUGACCUGCUUGGCAUCUCCGAUCCAGCUAUUCUCACGCCGAAAGCUCAAAUUCCUCCACAGACUCCCACCUUCGACGGGACGGACGCAGCAGAGACGGAGAAGGCGCCAGUGAUGUUUGUCUGCGCCAGCCUGUUCGAGUUCAGCAUCGACAAGACUCGCAAGGAGGCGGGAUACCCAUACCUGACGUAUGCGCAGGGCGAGGUGUUCGACGUCAUAGCGCAGAAAGGCGAGCUGUGGCUGGCAAAGAACCAAGACGAUUCGAAGGGGAUGCUUGGGUGGAUCUGGGAGCAGCAUUUCGUUAUACUGUCGCAUGAGACAUGA